CGCGCGCCCUUCCCGCCGCACUGCCUCGCAGUCGCCGCCACCGGCAAGUCCCGGCGUUGCCCUGCUGCGCUGUGGAGCCGGUAACGUGGCAGGACUGGGACGGGCGCUGAGCCGUGAGGGACCCCAGAAGAUUUUUUUCUAGGUGUAUGAUUGAAGUUUAAUGAGAAGAAUCGUGACCAGCUAGGAGAAUUUUUUGCAAGGAAUGGAAUUAGCUCAUAGCUUAUUGCUGAAUGAAGAAGCAUACAAUCAGCUAGGUGAAGUUCAGAAGGCAGAGUUUAUUUUCGAUUGGUUGAGAUAUUUGGAGAAGCUCUUGCUGGCGACCAGCAGGAAUGAUGUAAAGGAGAAACAGAAGACUCUUGUUGAACAGCUCCUAUCUUUGUUGAACAGCUCCCCAGGCCCUCCUACCCGCAAACUCCUUGCUAAAAAUCUAGGCGUUCUUUAUAGUAUUGGUGACACAUUCUCUGUUUAUGAGACAAUCGAUAAAUGUAAUGAUCUUAUUCGUAGCAAAGAUGAUUCUCCAAGUUAUCUUCCCACAAAGCUUGCUGCAGUGGUAUGUUUGGGUUCCUUGUACAAGAAGUUGGGUAGAAUGCUGGUUAACACCUUUACCGACACAGUGGGGAAUAUUCUUAAAGCUAUGAAGAGUGCAGAGUCUCAAGGUCGAUAUGAGAUUAUGUUGAGUUUGCAGAAUAUAUUGAAUGGACUAGGAGCUGCUGCUACACCUUGCCACAGGGAUGUUUAUAAAGCUGCUAAAUCCUGCUUAACAGAUAGAUCCAUGGCUGUUCGUUGUGCUGCUGCAAAGUGUCUCCUUGAACUUCAGAAAGAGGCCAUCUUUAUGUGGAGUACAGACCUGGAUAGUGUGGCCACACUAUGUUUUAAGUCCUUUGAAGGUUCCAAUUAUGAUGUGCGGAUUUCAGUUUCAAAGCUACUAGGCACAGUGUUGGCUAAAGCUAUAAUUUCUAAACAUCCAGGAGCAGCAGUCUCACGUCAAAGCAUUCGCAGAGUAUCUCUGGAGGAAGUUCUGGAAUUACUAGGAACAGGGUUUCUACGUGGGAGUUCAGGAUUUCUUCGAGCCAGUGGAGAUAUGCUGAAAGGAACCAGUUCAGUCAGUAGGGAUGUUCGAGUUGGAGUUACUCAGGCUUAUGUGGUAUUUGUUUCAACAUUAGGAGGAACAUGGCUAGAGAAAAAUUUUGCUGCCUUUCUUUCUCAUAUCCUAAGCCUUGUGUCACAGUCACACCCUAAAGCCACCCAAACUCAGACUGAUGCUGUCUGCGGUCGCCGUUGUGUUUCAUUUAUCCUUCGAGCUACUAUAGGAGGUCUUCUUGGAGAAAAGGCUCAAAUUGCUGCUGCCAAGGAUAUUUGCCAGGCUAUCUGGAAGUUAAAGAAAGUCGUGGAUGCUGUGAUGAAUGACGGUAAUGUGGAAACCCGGGUUGGCUCCACAGAUGUAACAGCCAGCCAGCAUAUGCUGGUGUGUGCUUUACAAGAGCUUGGAAAUCUCUUAUACAGUCUUGGCACCACAGUUGCACCUUUACUGCAGGAUUCAAGUGCAGGUAUUCUUGACAGUGUCAUUUCAGUUAUUCAGCAUCCUAGCAUUUCUGUUCGACUAGCAGCAGCUUGGUGUUUACACUGCAUUGCUGUGGCAUUACCUUCUUACCUAACACCUCUUUUAGACCGUUGCCUGGAACGGCUUACUGUACUUAAGUCUUCACCUGAAGCAGUGACUGGCUUUAGUUUUGCUGUGGCAGCUUUGUUGGGAGCAGUGAAACAUUGUCCUUUAGGAAUUCCUCAUGGAAAGGGCAAGAUUAUUAUGACAUUAGCGGAGGAUUUGCUGUGUUCAGCUGUACAAAACAGUCGUCUUUCAGCUCAGCGCACACAAGCUGGAUGGUUGUUGAUUGCAGCUCUGAUGACAUUAGGUCCUGCGGUUGUCAGUCAUCACCUAGCUCGAGUUCUGCUGUUGUGGAAGUGUGUCUUUCCAGUGUCUCCUAAAGAUCUGGAAACAGAAAAAAGCCGGGGAGAUUCAUUUACAUGGCAGGUAACCUUGGAAGGACGAGCUGGUGCACUCUGUGCUAUCAAGAGUUUUGUUUCCCACUGUGGUGAUCUCCUUACUGAGGAAGUAAUUCAGCGUCUUCUUCCACCACUUCCUUGUGCUGUGGAUUUGCUAACUCAGCUUUCUUCAGUGCUAAAAACAUAUGGAAGCACUUUGAAAACACCAUCAGUAGUUUAUAGGCAAAGGCUUUAUGAAUUACUGAUUUUAUUACCUCCUGAAACCUAUGAAGGAAACCUUUGUGCUGUCCUCAAAGAGCUGGCUGCUGACCUGACUGCCUCUGAUAUACAGGUGGCAGCAUCGGCAUUUUUACUUCCAUCCCUCUGUCAUCAGGAUGAUCUUGUGAUAUUAAGUCCUCUGCUACAAGAGACUGACCAUAGAUUUAUCGAAGAACAGCUCCUGCUUGGUAAUGGUAUUGCUUGUGGAAGUUUGGAGUAUGACCCUUACUCUAUUUAUGAGAAAGAUGUAGAGGGAGAUUCAGUGCCUAAGCCCCUACCUCCAGUACUAUCAGUUAUUAGCUCUGCAGUCAAGCUCUUUGGAGUUGUAUGUGCUCAUGUGGGAGAAGCCCAAAGGCUUUUUAUACUGGAACAGCUUUUGGACAGUAUAAAGCACUCAAAAGGAGCUCAUCAACAAAUAGUUCAGUUACAUGUUGUUUCUUCACUCUUUAGUUUCUUGAAGUACUUAGCUGUCUCCAAGGGAAAUUUGGGUCCAGAAGAAAUGAGAAGACCUGCCCUAGCAUUGGUGAUGGGAGCCCUAGAAAGUCCCAACCCCCUCUUGAGAUGUGCAGCUGCAGAGGCAUGGGCUAGAUUAGCCCAAGUGGUUGAUGAUGGAGCUUUUACUGCUGCAUUAGCUCAAGUCAGCUUUGACAAAUUGAAAUCAGCAAGGGAUGUGGUUACCAGAACAGGAUACUCAUUGGCUUUAGGAUCCCUACAUAGAUAUUUAGGAGGAAUAAGUUCUUCUCAACAUUUGAAUUCUUGUGUUGGAAUCCUUUAUACUUUGUCUCAGGACACUACUUCCCCUGAUGUGCAGACCUGGGCACUGCAUUCGCUAUCAUUGAUAAUUGAUUCUGCCGGCCCACUCUAUCAUAUGCAGGUGGAACCCACCCUUUCUCUUAUUAUAAUGUUAUUGUUAAAUGUGCCUCCUACUCAUGCUGAAGUUCACCAAAGUCUUGGUCGCUGUUUGAAUGCCCUUAUUACUACAUUGGGUCCAGAGCUACAGGGUAAUAGUACUUCCAUUUCCACCUUAAGAACUUCCUGUCUUUUGGGUUGUGCAGUGAUGCAAGAUAAUCCAGACUGCCUUGUUCAAGCUCAGGCCAUUUCUUGCCUUCAGCAGCUUCAUAUGUUUGCUCCAAGACAUGUCAACCUAUCUAACUUGGUCAGCUGCCUCUGUGUGAAUCUUUGUAGUCCCUAUUUGUUGUUGAGAAGAGCAGUACUGGCUUGUUUACGUCAGCUUGUACAGAGAGAAGCAGCUGAAGUUUCAGAACAUGCUGUUAUGCUUGCUAAGGAUAGCAGAGAAGAGUUGACUCCAGAUGCUAACAUCAGAGAAGUGGGCCUUGAAGGGGCAUUAUUGACCUUACUAGAUAAAGAGACAGAUCAGAAGUUAUGCCAUGAUAUCAAAGAGACUUUAAAUCAUAUGCUUACAUCAAUGGCAGUGGAUAAGCUCUCCUUCUGGUUAAAGCUUUGUAAAGAUGUACUUGCUGCAUCAGCGGAUUUUACAACUGUAACUUGUGUGGAUACAAUGCAAGAAGAGGAAGGAGAUAAAGGGGAUGAUGCCUCAGUUCUGACCACCAGAAAUGAUGAUAAAUCAUAUCCAUAUACCAAUCCCCGCUGGGCUACUAGAGUCUUUGCUGCCGAGUGUGUCUGUAGGAUAAUUAACCAGUGUGAGAAUGCACACAGCGCACAUUUUGACAUUGCUUUAGCACAAGAAAUGAAAAAAAGGGAUUCAAGAAAUGACUUUUUGGUGCUACAUCUUGCUGACUUAAUUCGCAUGGCCUUUAUGGCUGCCACGGAUCACAGUGACCAGCUCCGUCUUUCUGGCCUUGAAACACUGUUAGUUGUUAUUCGGCGAUUUGCAGCUAUUCCAGAACCAGAGUUUCCAGGUCAUGUGAUUCUGGAACAGUAUCAAGCCAAUGUAGGAGCGGCACUUAGGCCAGCCUUCACUUCGGAGACGCCACCUGAUGUCACUGCCAAAGCAUGUCAGGUUUGCAGUGCUUGGAUAGCAAGUGGAGUUGUAAGUGACCUUAAUGAUCUCCGAAGAGUUCAUCAGUUGCUUGUUUCAUCAUUAACAAAAAUACAGGCUGGAAAAGAGGCUCUGAGUCACUUAUAUAAUGAAAGUGCCUCUACCAUGGAAAUAUUAGCUGUGCUGAAAGCCUGGGCAGAGGUCUACAUAAUUGCUGUAGAAAGACAUAAAAGCCACAGACAACCUUUGAAGACUACCACCUGUUCAGAAGAGAGUGUCAGAAAUGGGUCGUAUUCGUCAGAUGGACUGCUUGACUUAGUCCACACAGACCUGGGCACAUUGAGUAGGCUCUGGCUUGCUGCGCUUCAGGAUUUUGCUCUCUUAACGUUGCCUUCAGAAUUUGCCUCCCAACUUCCUGUUGAAGGUGGUGCUUUCUACACAGCAGAGACUAGUGAAAAUGCAAAAUUGCAUUAUUACAGUUCCUGGGCACUUAUCCUGCAUGCUACAGCAUUGUGGCUUACCACCACAGGCUUUGUUGUUGCUGACCCAGAUGAAGGAGCAUCUCAUCUCUCAAGACCUGUAACACCAACUUCCAUGUGUCAGGGUUCAUCAUCUGGGGCUACGGUAAAGUCCCCUGAGGAUGUCUGCACUGAUCGAUUCCAUCUUAUUUUAGGGAUCAGUGUGGAAUUUCUCUGUUCCUUACGAUCAGAUGCAACCAUGGAAAGCAUUACUGCUUGUUUACAUGCAUUACAGGCCCUUCUAGAUGUUCCUUGGCCCAGAUCUAAAAUUGGCAGUGACCAGGACUUGGGCAUCGAAUUGUUGAAUGUACUACAUCGAGUAAUUUUGACCCGAGAAUCACCUUCUAUUCAAUUGGCUUCACUUGAAGUGGUAAGACAGAUUAUCUGUGCAGCUCAGGAACAUGUCAAGGAGAAAAGACGAAGUGCAGAAGUUGAUGAUGGGGCUGCCGAAAAGGAAACCCUGCCAGAGUUUGGAGAGGGCAAGGACACAGGAGGACUUGUGCCUGGGAAAUCUUUGGUUUUUGCAACACUGGAAUUGUGUGUAUGCAUUCUAGUUAGACAGCUUCCAGAACUAAAUCCUAAAUUGACAGGUAGCCCAGGAGUAAAAGCUACGAAGCCACAGGUGCUGUCGGAAGAUGGAAGUAGAUUGGUGUCAGCUGCGUUAGUCAUCCUCUCUGAACUUCCUGCUGUGUGCUCUCCUGAAGGUAUGCUGUGGUAUUUGACUGCUUUCCUUGACCUGGAGGGAGAGAAAUGGGUGAAGGUACAAAUCAAGACCUAUCAGCUCCUACUUUCCAUUUUUCAGUAUCCAAAUCCAGCUGUUUCCUACCCGUACAUUUACUCUUUAGUAUCCUCUAUUGUGGAAAAACUACAGGAAAUAGACAAGAGAAAGCCUGAAGACACUACUGAACUUCAGAUCUUUCAAGAAGGCAUAAAGGUCUUGGAAGCACUGGUAGCCAUUGCAGAAGAACAGCACCGUUCUCAGCUGGUGGCCUGUCUUCUGCCCAUCCUCAUUUCCUUCCUUUUGGAUGAUAAUGCUCUGGGAUCAGCAACUUCCGUAAUGAAAAAUUUACAUGACUUUGCUUUGCAAAAUCUCAUGCAGAUUGGGCCUCAGUAUUCAUCAGUUUUUAAAAAUGUAAUGGCUUCUUCUCCAGCCCUGAAAGCCCGCCUUGAGGCUGCUAUCAAGGGCAAUCAGGAAAAUGUCAAAGUCAAGAUACCAACAUCUAAACAUACUAAGAACCCUGGAAAGAAUGUAAGCAUCCAGUUAAAGACCAAUUUCCUCUGAUUUUUUUGUUUUAAUAGUAAGCAUCUUAAUAAAAUACUUGAUUAUUUCCUUCUCUUUGGGGACAAAAGUGACAUUUUAGACACAAGUGCACUUGGAGGUCUGGUUGAUUGUCUUAAAUAGCUGUGACUUUUUGAAGUAAUAUCAAACUUAACAUUUUUUGUGGGUUUUUUUUUUUUUUUUUUUUCAAUUCAAUAAAACCACAGAGCUCUUGCCAGGAAUUUCAAGAAAGUGCUAAAGAAUUGGAACUUACUAAACAAUCCAUUCCUUUAGAAAUGAAAUGGAUUUCUUCUGACAGUCCAUACACACACGGUAUACUUAAUACUUUGGUGUAGAUAUAGAUUUGACUUUAAAUUAUCUGCAUUUAUAUUGUAUCCCAAUUGCUAAUUUAAAAUUCUGCCUUAUUCAGUAAUUAAACUUUCUUCGAUUUCUCAAACAACAUAAAUGAUUGGAAACAUAUUUAGGAAACUUGGUUCAGAAUUAUCCAAUAUAUAGUGGUACAAGUUAAUUACAGCCCUACAGUGUGACUUAAGAUCUGGUGUCUAUAAAUAUCAUGGCUUUUCACCACCUUUUGGUUUGGUUUGUAUUUGGUUCACAGAAUGGAAAUUUUACUUAUUUUAAAUAGAGUAGGGCAUCUCCAGUUUCUCACAUGGAUUUUCUGUUACCUCUGCUCCCCUCAAUUUUGUUUAUUUUCAUUUAUGACAGACAUUCAUAUUAAUGAGUUUACAGAUUCAUAUCUAUAUUUAGGUCAACUAUGGGUUUAUAUAAAACAACAAAUUUAGAUCAUCAACGAAUGCAAGUAUGUUCUUUUAUCAUGAAACAUAUUUUAAUAUAGAAAAAAAUCUAAUGAUAGAGUCAUAUUGGUUGAAAAAAUAUUUUUUAACUGCUGGUAAUCACUGACUCUCCUUCCACUUCAGUGUUAUAUGUAUUAAUCAAGCACUAUGUCACAACAUAGCAUUUCCCUGUUAAAAAAUUAAAAACUGGAGUGAUAGGGGCAUGUUCAGAAUUGAGAAAAUACUUUGAGUCAAGCAGGAACAAUGUGAUCAGUACUCUAUUUUAUUAUGUUUGUAUAUAAAUACUCUUGUAAAUUGUUCAAAAUGAAAACACUUGACAAAAUCUAACACUACAAUUUUUUUUAAUUUACAUAAAUA